GAAAGACGAAAUUGCAGAAAGCCUGAUGUGGCCGGCUUGAUAACGACGCGAAUCCCGGCUACGAGCCGAUGCCAAUGCACCGUGUUUCCGAUUCUGCGGCCUUGCAUGCAACCGUUUUGCAAGCGUCCCAGACUCCCCCUACCCGAACCGGCUUCACUUAUCAUUUACCGUAUUUUACACUCGGUUUGAAACGCUGAGUGGUUGGCUAUGACGUGUCCUGUGCGUGUAAAAUUGCGUUGAUCCAUCUAAUGACGAUACGGAAGAGUUCAGUAGCUGCCGCAUGUGCGUGCUGAUUGUUGUACGUCGAUUCAGUGCUGCGCUGACAGUGAUCUUUCAAGCUUUCUUCUCAAUCGCUUAUUUUUAUUUAUUCACUACAAACCACGCGGCCAGAUUUUGACUCAGAGAUAUUUAAGCCAAGUUCGAAGUCUGUGGAUGCAGAAUAUCAGACCUAGUCAUGUCGAACGACACAGCAGCCGUACCCAAAAAGAAAAUGAUGACGACUUGCGCCAACGUCUCGGCCCAAGCGCAUCACGUGUCUCGAGCAAAACGUGGCCAAGCACUUGGAGCAGUCCGAGGUUUUCGAGGAUGCACGGUGUGGUUGACGGGUCUUUCCGGGGCGGGGAAAACCUCGAUAGCAUUCCAGGUGGAGGCCUUCCUGGUCUCUUACGGAAUCCCCGCGUACGGUUUAGACGGCGACAACGUCCGUACGGGGCUGAACAAGAACCUCGGCUUCAGCAAGGAGGACCGAGAAGAGAACAUCCGGAGAGUCGCCGAGGUGGCGAAGCUCUUCGCCGAUAGCGGGGUGAUAAGCCUCUGCAGUUUCGUGUCGCCCUUUGAAGAGGACCGACAGAUGGCCAGGCAGAUACACAAGGACUCCGAUCUGCCGUUCUUCGAAAUCUUCGUCGACACGCCGUUCAAGGUCUGCGAAGCCCGCGACGUCAAGGGUUUGUACAAGAAGGCGCGACAAGGCGCGAUCAAGGGAUUCACCGGCAUAGAUCAGAGCUACGAGCGCCCUUCGAACCCCGACCUCGUCGUGACGACGGAGAAUCUCACCGUCGAGGAAUCCACGGCGAUGGUGGUUGAGUUCCUCGAGAAACAGGGCAUCAUUCCAACCCUACCAAAAGCCGGGGCUGGUAUCCGCGAAUUAUUCGUACCGGAACCGAGGAUCGCCAAUGCCAAAGCGGAAGCGGAAACACUGCAGAGUAUUAAUAUCACCGAACUCGAUCUCCAGUGGCUUCAAGUCCUGGCUGAAGGAUGGGCCGCCCCGCUUACCGGUUUCAUGAGGGAAAAUCAGUAUCUGCAGGCCCAACAUUUUAAUUGUCUCGUCGAAGAAGGAUCGGAGAUAAAUCAGUCGGUACCGAUCGUUUUACCGGUUAGUACAGCCGACAAAGAUCGGCUCGAAGGUACGUCGGCUUUGUCAUUGAGGUACGAAGGAAGGGUGGUGGCGAUUCUCCGUAAACCAGAGUUCUACUAUCACCGGAAGGAGGAGAGAUGCAGCAGGCAGUUCGGUACGAACAAUCGGGAUCAUCCUUACAUUAAAAUGAUCCACGAAUCGGGAGACUGGCUAGUCGGAGGAGACAUCGAGGCUUUGGAACGAAUAAAGUGGAACGACGGCCUCGACGAAUACAGACUGACGCCAAAUGAGAUAAGGAAAAAGUGCCGGGAGAUGGGAGCCGAUGCUGUUUUCGCCUUUCAAUUGCGGAAUCCCAUUCAUAAUGGGCACGCGCUUCUUAUGCAGGAUACCAAAAGACGCCUCUUGGAGGAGAGAGGAUUCAAGAACCCGGUUCUAUUACUCCAUCCUCUGGGAGGCUGGACGAAGGAUGACGACGUCCCGUUACCCGUCAGGAUGCAUCAACACAAAGCUGUUCUCGACGAGGGUGUCCUCGACCCCAAAGCUACGCUCCUGGCCAUUUUCCCUAGUCCAAUGAUGUACGCUGGACCAACCGAGGUGCAGUGGCAUGCCAAGUCGCGGAUGACGACGGGGGCAAACUUUUACAUAGUGGGCAGAGACCCGGCUGGAAUGCCGCAUCCUGACAAAUCUGCGACACCCGACGGAAAUCUCUACGAUGCCACACACGGUGCGCGCGUACUAUCCAUGGCACCGGGACUGCAGAGUUUGGAAAUCAUUCCAUUCAGAGUUGCCGCUUACGACACUGUGAACAAGAAAAUGGCAUUCUUUGACCCGGCACGGAAACAGGACUUCGACUUUAUUUCAGGCACCAGAAUGCGGGGUUUAGCGAAAUCUGGUGAGAAUCCACCAGACGGAUUCAUGGCACCGUCAGCAUGGAAGAUCCUUGCGGACUACUAUAAAAGUUUAAAUAAGAAAUGAUCACAAUUUUGCUGACGCACAGGUAGCCUGUAGAAAAUGUCUUGUAAUAGCAAUGCGGAGAAAAUGAAACGCAAAGAAAAAUAUCCUGCACGUGCUAUAAUAUUAGUCGGUAUAUGAAACGUAUUCUGCAAAGUUUAAUAGCGCAAUUUAUAGACCAAUUUCAAGUUAUCAAGAUUAUUUUAGAAACACACUCAUAUAAUACACAUGUAUAUAUAAAUAUACAAUUACACCUUAUACCGUAUAGAACGCAGGACCAUUCGUUAGUUUGCAUUUUAUUUAUUUAUUUUAUCUUCUUUUACAAGAACGUACCACAACAUGUCUGUGUACACAGAUGUAGUACUUUUAUCGACAGCUUUGAAAAAUAUGUGUUUAAUCGAGUUUUAUUUCUGCUAGCAUAUUACACAGAUUAUCAAUUGAUAUAGUUAUAUUUUAUACAUAAAUAUAUAUAUAUAUCUUUUUUAUGAAUUUAUACACUAUAGUUUAUAAUGUAUAUUAGUCAGGUAUUUUAUAUUUACAGUUAUUACGUACCCUGGUUACUUAAUUCCACGCUGUGCGCUGAAACUACAUAGAAUGUGACUCCGGUAAAGUAUUAUUCUGAGUGGAGGGGGACGCUAAUUAUCAUUGUUGUUAUUGUAAUAUUUUAAGAAUAGAUAUUGUACAUUAUUUAUUACAGUUGUCAUAAUGCCGAUUACAAACUGUACCUAGAACACUUCAAAGUUAUAUCAUCCGAUAUAGGAAUUUAGGAUUGGAUGUUGAAGCUAUCCAACUUAAGCUAUCGGUAUUGACUAUUAACACAUGCAAUCUUAUAAUGUGAUUAACAAAACGUUGUUUGGCAGCGAUUCUACGCCACUUUGCUGUCCACUUAUGUUUCUCUCAAAUCUUGAAGUUUACUUAUAUUCCUCUGAACACAAACAAGCUGAGAUAUAUUCGAAAAAUGGGAAUAAAUAAAUAUCACUUAGGUAUUUGAAAAUAUUUUAUUGUUGCAUCAAAAUUUUUUUUGGGUACAAUUGGAAAAUUGUUCUUCUUUGUCAAGGCAAAUUAUAACUUGAGCCGAAUGUAUGUACCCUAGCGGUACUUGAUCAGUAUGCGAAUGUGGAUGCAAUUCUUUCCGAGUAAAAUUACUCACCGAAAUUUGAAUGUAACUAAUAUUUAUAAUUCUUAAAAUUAAUAUAUAUUACGGAAUCAAUGUAAAUGUAAUAUAUUGGAUCUAUUUACCACGAUUAACUUGUUAUAUAAAAUAAUGAAAUAUAUAAGUUACUUCAA